GAAGAAGAAAGGAACCCUAAUGUCACUCUUCCUAAUUCUCUUGGUCCUUGUUGGGUCCCUCCUCGGCUUCCUCUUCGCAAAAACAUCUCGGCAUGGAUCUUCUAGAAACUUAGGGAAGCGUCCACCGGGUCCACGUGGCUUGCCUGUCAUCGGACAUCUCCACAUGUUGGGGAAACUCCCACACCAAACCCUAACCCACUUAUCCAAGAAAUACGGACCCAUCAUGUCCAUCAAUCUUGGGACUGUCCCAACCAUAGUUGUCUCGUCUCCACGCGCCGCCGAGCUAUUCCUCAAAACCCACGACCACGUUUUCGCCAGCCGGCCUAAAAGUCAAGUCGCCGAGAUCCUCUUCAAUGGAUACAAGGGCGUGGUUUUAACUCCGCACGGUACAAGAUGGCGGAAUGUACGGAAACUGUAUGCCGUUCAUCUCCUAAAUUCGUCUAAGAUUGAACAGUUUAAACUAAUCAGAACAGAAGAGAUUGGUGUCGUGAUGGAUCAUCUUAAAAGCGCAGCGGAGAAGAGUGAGGUGGUAAAUAUCAGUAAAAUAGUGGUCGAGCUUUUCGAGAAUAUGGUGUAUAGGAUGAUUUUCGGACGUGGUAAAAAUGAUGGCGACCAGAAGCUUAAAGAUUUUGUGGAGGACAUGUCGUCAAUUACAGGAGCUUUCAAUAUCUCGGAUUAUUUUCCUUUACUUGCUCCUUUAGAUCUUCAGGGUUUUGCUCGAAGGACGAAACAACUACGUAAGUCAAUAGACAUAAUAUUUGAGAAGAUCAUUCACGAACAUGAACAUCAGAAGGAUCAUAAGUCCAAAGACCACAAGGACUUCGUUGAUGUACUUCUGUCUUUGUUGGACCAAUCCAUCGACUCUCAAGACAAAAAUUCAGAAAUUAUCGGUCGUAGCGAAAUCAAUGCAAUACUACUAGACUUGGUUGCAGCAUCUCUAGAGACCUCGACAAAGGCGAUCGAUUGGACCUUUUCAGAGAUCUUGAAAGACCCUCGUGUUAUGAAGAAAUUACAAAAGGAGUUAGAAACUAAUAUUGGGAUGGAUAGGAUGGUCCAAGAAAGUGAUUUACCAAAACUAACAUAUUUGGAUAUGGUUAUAAAAGAAGGUCUUAGGUUACAUCCCGUUAUACCCCUUUUAGCUCCUCACGAAUCCAUGGAAGAUGUUGUGCUUGAUGGAUUUUACAUACCGAAAAAAUCACGAGUCCUGAUUAACGUCUGGUCAAUGGGAAGAGAUCCUGAUAUAUGGGGAGAUACUACCGAAGAAUUCUAUCCUGAGAGAUUUGAAAAUGACGAUAUCGAUAUGCAAGGUUUAGAUUUCAGACUUAUUCCUUUUGGUUCAGGACGAAGAAAAUGUCUCGGUAUGCAUAUGGCAAUGCUAAAUUUGAGGCAAGUUUUAGCUCAAUUGGUGCAUUCCUUUGACUGGAAGAUGCCUGAUGGAAUGAUUCCCGAGGAUAUUGACAUGGAUGAGAAGCAAGGUUUGGCAGUUGGAAGAGCAAAUAAUGUGUUCGCCCGACCAAUCUACCGCUUGAAUGAUUAAAAAUUUCAUAUUUCUUACGCGCCAAUAUUAAAGUACGAAGAAAAUAAAGCUUUAAACAUGUUCGAAGAUGCCCUCUUUGCGGUAGAUAGUACUGCGUACUUGUAAUAAGAAGAUGUGAUUUUUCCUUUGUUUGUGUUUUUUUUUCAAUAAAGAAAGAUGAAGAUCUCACCAACAUCUUAAAGCUGCUAU